GAAUGUAUUGGUUGAAAGUAAAAUAAAUAUUCAAUGAUGACAAAGCUGAUAAAGCUGUCGGAUACGGUAGAAGCCAUGAGAUACAAAUAAAGCAACGAAGACUUUUCGUUAAAUUCCUUUGGCCCUAAUACACAAAAGAAUAAAGAACGAAUGAACGAAAGAAUGAGAGAAAAUGGUAAGGGGGAAGCGACGGAUAAGAAAAAGAAAAAGAGAAAAAGUGAAUAAAGCCUUUGAGAAGGCCCUGGCGAAGGCUUCCAAUCGAAGCCAAUGCCGCACAAACAAACUUCCAAGGAGAAAAAUGCCAAGAGUCCUUUUUUCUUCAGAUGGACCGAGGUUCCGCUACCCGCCCACGUCGGUGCAGUCGCACUACGGGGCCGCGGAGAUCCUGCAGUGUGACGUGGACGGCAACCCCCAACCUGAGAUAUAUUGGACGCACGAGGACUCGGAGCGCAUCCUCGCGACGGCCUCGAACAUCAGCGUACUCGUGCGACCGGAGACAGCAGGGCGCUACUACUGCCACGCGCGCGUCCCUGGCUUCCCCGAGCUCACGGGCUCGGCCAAUAUCUACAUCAGGGCGCCGCCCACCAUUAUAUCCCAGAGGACGCAGUACGUGCCGGACGAGGGUCUCGUGAAGGUACGAUUAGAGCCGACCUCUCGAAUUUACGGAUCCGCUCUUUCAUUUGGCCGCAAUUAUUGAGGGAUUCGCGGUCGGCGCCGGCCGAUGUCGGAAGGGAACAGACUCAUUAGCC